CGGAGUCAAGUUCAGCAGAGCCCUGGGCUACAGGGUCAACCGCCGAUCGCGCCCACUCCAGGCGCCCAGCUCACAGGGGAGCCUCAGUGCGGAGGCAAGCCUGGUCUCUAGUCCUCCCCUGGGCUCUCCCACACCCCAUCCUCUGUCAGAGAGAAGUCAGAGAAAGCGAGACUGGCCGAGGAGGAGAAAGGCGGGCGCGCGUGGGCGCCGGGGAAUAGGCGAUGUCCACCGGCUCGGUGAGUGACCCGGAAGACACGGAGAUGAGGGGGCUGCAGCGGGUCUACCCGGCCCCCGCCUCCAAGAGGCCGCCCCUGCUCCGCACCGAGCGCGGUUACGCCUCGCCCAGCGACAAUUCUUCUGCGGAGGAGGAGGACCCCGACGGCGAAGAGGAGCCCGGCUCCCUGGGAGCCGCGGGAGGAUGCAAGAGGAAGCGGCCCCGUGGGGCUGACACCGGCGGCGCAGGUGGCGGCGCGGACGGUGCGGGCAGCGCGGGGAAGAAGCCGCUCCCGCCCAAGGGCUCGGCCGCAGAGUGCAAGCAGUCGCAGCGGAACGCGGCCAACGCCCGCGAACGCGCCCGGAUGCGCGUGCUGAGCAAAGCCUUCUCCAGACUGAAGACCAGUCUGCCCUGGGUGCCGCCGGACACCAAGCUUUCCAAACUGGACACGCUGCGCCUGGCUUCCAGCUACAUCGCGCACCUGCGCCAGCUGCUGCAGGAGGACCGCUAUGAGGACAGCUACGUGCACCCGGUGAACCUGACGUGGCCAUUCGUGGUCUCUGGACGCCCAGACUCUGACAGCAAAGAGGUUUCUGCAGCCAACAGGCUUUGUGGAACUUCGGCUUAGACGGACAAGACACUUACAUGGAUUGUGGUAAAUGCAAAGGACUGGGCCACGGAAGUCCCACUGGAUUCUGGACCUUCUCCUUUCCCCGAGCCUGUGAACAAGACAGGAGACAAGUGUGGUUGCCCUCCUGGAGCAGAGGUGGCCCUGGGUGCCCUGAAUCAGAGCAAAUGUCUGUAGCCAAAGAAAGCCCAGUUUCAGGAGAAGAGUGCUUGGACUAGAUACAAACCUGGGGCUUUAGCUCUGAGCACAACCCCACUGCCUGCCGUCUGAGUCCAGUGCAGAAAUGGGUUGAUUUUGAAGCCAACCUUGAUUGCCUUAUGGUUGAUGGCAAGGUCCUGCACAGCCAGGUCCUUCUGUGGCUGGAUUAGAGCUGUUGGGGGUGGGGACUGUCACUAAGGGCAGUAGCAUGCUCCCCCUGGGCAGGACAUACUGAGAUGGAGACAUUAACACCAGGUGCUGGUUUUGUUCGAAAUCUCUGCAGGCUGGGGUUCAUUUCCUGAGCUCCCUCCUCUGUUUAAUCAGUGUUGGGGCCACCAGCCCUGCUGGUCUCCAUUCAGUGAGCACGGCUUGUUUAUGGGUUCUCAGCUCCUUCCCACCCACACUGUCCCCUCUUUGGGGACAUGUGCUUCACCCCUCUAAUUGGAUCACCCUGCCACAGCACAGCCUUCUGUGGGGUUCCGGUUCUUCCAGGGAUGCUCCAUUCUUCCUGGUCCAAGGACUGUGUGUGGUGGGUGGCUGGGGCUAGGGCUAGUCUGUAUUAUACUGGUUUCUACCCAGUACAUGGUGCUUAGUGGUCCUGGCAAUGCUGCACUACCAUGGUAACUAACAUAUGUAAAUAAAUUUAUUUUUUUAUGGAUAAAA